AUGCAACAACGAAAUCAACAACUGGCAUUGAGAGCACAGCAAAUGGCCGCAUUGCAACGACAGCAAGCGCAAGCAGCAAACCAGAUGAACACAGUGAAUCACAUGGGCUCAUCGCAGAAUCAUCAGAUGGGUAGUCCUUUCAACGACAUUCCGGUGCAAGAACCCGAGGACAAUAACAUCCUUUAUCAUCGAAAUCUGUCACCAGAAGCCACCUCAUUCUUCUUUGCCUGCAAAACCGCCGACAUGUCCACUGUCGAGUCAAUCGUCACCUCCCAAGCUCGCACGCCAGUCUUUCUUAACCACGGUCUAAUCAUCGCCCUGGAAAGCGGAAACGUCGACAUCGCACGAUAUCUACUCCAAUCCGGAGCACCCAUCUCACGAGAAACACCAAAAGUUGUUCUCAAAGCCCCAGCCGACCAGCAAAUGGCCCUUUUCGAGACUCUCACCGAACAUGGCUGGACUGUCAAUACGCCAGGUUUCUACGGCGAGGUCCUCCUCCCGACGCUCAUCCAUCGCAACAACGAAACACUCAUCGACUGGUUCCUCGCCCAAGGCGCAGACCCAACCCUGGGCAUCCAGGAAGAUUACCACGAGCGUCUAGGCGGACCCGACACAAGCUCGUGCUUGGCACUGCAGCUGGCAGCAGCGCAUGGCGGUGCAGACUUGGUGCAGAAGCUUCUAAACGCCGGCGCCAAAAUCACCAAAGGGGCCCCGCUGUACUACGCAGCUGGUGCUUUGCCACAAGGCGCAAACCCCCAUGUUGGACGCGUCACGCCGACUAAAGAAUUCGACAUCUCCAGAAUACCCGUUAUGAAGCUGCUUGUGGAGAAUGGCGCCGGAGUCAACGACAAGCUCGAGACGCGCCAUAUGGUGGCAUUGUACCCGAUUGUGAAUGCCGUUUGCGCGGGCGCUGUUGAGAGAGUGAAAUGGCUUUUAAACCAGGGGGCAGAUCCUGAUCUGAAGGGACCGUACGGCAGUGCUAAAGAUUACGCUGACAAGUUGAGUAGCGACGAGAUGAAACAGGCGCUUGGAAUAAUGUAG